GCGUCACUCAUGAUGGACGACUUACCCGUGGAGACCGAGCAGGAGGGCUUCAUGCUCCUGCAGCAUGGACAUCGAGACAUGAUCGAAGCGACAGCCUUCAACAGCUAUGGCGACCGCUUCGCCUCGAGUUCUGUGGACGGGAAGAUCAAAGUAUAUAAUCGACAUAAAGACGGUUCAUGGAACCUAAACGACACCUGGGGAGCUCACACUGCUGAAAUCCUACAGAUCCAAUGGCUCCCACCAACCAUCCACCCCAACCUGAUAGCCUCCAUUGGCACCGAUGGCAAAUUCAAGCUCUGGGUCGAAGAUCCUACGCUGGUUCCUGGGAAAGGAAGGCGCUUCAACUCGCACAACAAUAAGCCAGUCUGGGAACUGCGCUCUCCCUCCCGCGCGCCUUUCCUGUCCUUUUCUAUCAAACACAACCCUGAAACCCGACACACCUACCUUGCGCUGAUCAAACGCAACGCCGAACUCACCUUGUACGAGAAUGAGGAGCCGGAGAAUCUGGAUAGCUGGGCUGAGGUAGAUACCGUAGUUGUGUGCGAGAAACCUGCGCGGGGAGAGGAGACGUCUUUCAAGGUUGCCUUCGAUCCCAAUCUGGAGCCAUGUUACAACGCGAUUCGGCAAGGUGUACAAAGAGACUCGCUGGCUCUUAUAGUGGCCAGUAUGAACCGAGCGAGCAUUUGGCGCACCAAAGAGAUAUCUCACAGCGUGAGCCUAGGCUCCUCGACAUCGAAGGAGCUCUACUUGGCCGCGGAGCUGAAAGGUCACCGUGGACUGAUGAGGGACGUUGCCUGGGCACCCGGAAAUAUCAGGGGCUUCGAUAUCGUGGCUACGGCUUGUAAGGAUGGUUUUAUAAGGGUCUUUCAGAUUACUACUCCGGCGAAAGGAAGCCAAGCGCCCAGGAGUAAGGACUAUUCGAAGCUUCCUGAACAGACCGCUACGCCUGUUCAGGGAACGCCCGAGAACGGCGCGAGAAGCACGCCCUCUGGCAUCGGGGCAGGCCUUGCUGGUGCCAGGUCUAGCACUCGUCAGCAAGAGGCCGAGGGCAAGCAGGGGGAGAUUGUCCAUGUCGCGAAGGAAGUGUCGAAACUGGAUGCGAAUCGGAUACCGGUGUGGAAGGUUGAAUUCGAUGACGAUGGACAGUUGUUGGGGUCUACUGGAGACGAUGGGAAGUUAAUUCUGUGGAGGAGAGAGCCAAGUGGGGUUUGGAGUAAGAGUGCGGAGCUCGCCUUAAACAGGAGUGUUCCUGUUACCGUCUGAGGUUGGUGGGUGGGAUGUUUUAUAUAUCACUACUUCUGGGAGAGCGUUACGGUUGGUUGCAUGGGAUUGGCGUUCGGGGACAGUCUGGGAUGGUAAACCGUUGGCAUAAAGGCCACUGCUACUUUAAUUCACUUCAGUACGCAAACCAGAUACGUUUAAAAGCCCUCUUUAGACCAUAUUACGC